GAUGUAUGAAUUUAAGGCGAAAGCUAUUAAGAAGAGGAAGGUUACAUUUACCGUCUCUACGGAGGGAGUAAGAGUCAUCUUAAGGAAGAAGAUGAAGAAACAAUACUGGGGAUGGGAUGAACAGAGACUUUGUAUCAUGCAUAAUCCAAUUUAUAGAAUAUUCUACGUGUCACACGAUUCUCAAGACCUAAAAAUAUUUAGCUAUAUUGCGAGAGAUGGAGCCACGAACGUCUUCAAAUGUAACGUGUUUAAGGCCUAUAAAAAAGCGGAAGCUAUGCGUAUUGUUAGGACAGUCGGCCAAGCAUUCGAAGUUUGCCACAAGCUAACAGUCGCACAACAAGCGAAAACAGAGAAAGCCAACGAUGCAGACAGCGAGAAGACAGAUGACGAAGAAGUGGAAGAGAAGCAAACGAAAUCUAACCGAGUGCCUAGGAGCGUUAGUUCACCGGCAGCCAUAAAAAUUGAAGAAAAGUCUUCUUCCUCAAUCGGUUCGACGCCCUUACGUUGUUCUAAGCAUUCUACUUCUAACAAGAAUACUCCGUGCCAUUUAUCGGCUCCUGAGGCAGCUGCCAAAGCCCAUACUAUUUUAACGAAUAUGACUAAAAAGGAGCCGUCUUUAGGAACUAUAUCGUCACCUACCUCUGCUGAUUUGGUACCUCUGAGCUCCUAUCACCAAUUACAACUCCUCCAACAACAAUUCGAACAACAAGUUCAACACACAGAAAUUGCAGUAGCUCAGUCGAAUUUACUUAAGGAGCAAUUAAACGCUGAGAGUAAAGCUAGGAGCGAAGCUCAGGCUAGGACUCAUCAAUUACUUCUGCAAAAUAGAGAGCUACUGUGCCACAUAAAUGCCCUUGUGGGUCGGUUAAAACAAUUAGAAGCCUAUCUACCAGCCGACUGCGUAGAGGCCUUGUCACCGUCAACAAAUAACUCAUCAAAUUUAAAUUUGUUAUCGCCUGUCACACCCGAUCGUACUACGCCAAUGAGUGAAGAGGUUAUAAUGCCAACAACAUGGCCUCACGAUAUCGAAGAUACAACAAUUCAAAAUUCUCUUCUUGAUAAGUCUGCAAGAAAUUCUGAUAUUUCUCCGGAUAGUGGACACAGGGAUAUGUCUUCCUCGGAAUUUUCCGAAAUCUCACCUGUUUUAGACGUUGAGAAUAAUAUCUGCUGUCACAAGACAGACGCCAAUGGCAAUGUCUCCACGCCUCCAACAACUUUGAAUAUACCUAAGCCUCUUGCUCCUCCUCCAAAAAUACCGUCUAGAAGAGGAGAAAGACAGACUAGGAUAUCAAACAAUUCUGCAAGUCAAAAAGUUUUAGCUCAUAGUUCUUCCGAAGAUGAUAAUACAGAAAAUAGCGAGGAUUCAGGUGUAAGAGUAAAACAUCGCUUAUCAAAUUUGGCUACAUUGAGUUUUGAAGAGUUUGACGCCCUUACAUCACCUCAAGAAAAGUAA